UUCUCCUGAUAACUUUGAUGAUUUCUCAAGUGCUCUUCUAGAGAUGCGUGUUGCAACUAUCGGGACAUUUCUACAACGCGAAGUGCACAUUACUCAAUCUCUUUGAACUUCAAACGUUUCAACGUUUAUCUAAAGUUAUCAGUAACUAACUCGACGGUGUUUUCAUCGGCUCAGAUAUCAUCGGCCUGCUCUUGACCGACAAUCAUGAUACACAAAUAUUUAGUCUUUGAUGUAUCGACCCGGAAACUGCUAUCUACUUAUAAUUGCGCAGGCAUUCCUGAUGUAACCGCGUAACCGACUGUACCGCCUGCGUAGCUGUGCGUAGCAAACCGGUAGUAUGUACAGAUCAUUCGAUCAACCAAACGUCUACCAUCAUCGUCCGAAUAGAGUAAGUGCGAUCACCGUCGACGGGGUCACGAUCACGAAAGGUGACAAGUGAAACAUAAACGUAUGUCAUGAUGAAGAGUUCAUCUUAGGAAAAAAGCACCGGGUUAAAUAAACACGCAUAGCUGAUAUACCGCACGCUAACCGAAGCGCGGAUACCGCAUGUAACACUUCACAAGUGAUGAACAUUAUUGUUAUAUAUUAAAAAGGAUAAUGCACUACGUCUCUCUUUUCCCACUUGUUCUGAGCGUACUGAUACGUGGAUCGAUUUCAUUUGAUUUUUAUCAGGCUUGCGAGUACAUAUUUAAACCAAAACACCUUGACAUCAAAAACAACUAUUAUAACAAUCUACAUGUUAAACAUUGUCCUCCCAAAGAGGUUCCUAAUCAUGUGGACUUUGUUACAGAUGAUGAAGUAGAAGAUUCCUCUGGUGUUGUAAAUGUUGUGUUUGCACCUCCCAAAAUACAAUGCAUGUACAAAGUAGCCUUAUUGGUUAAUCCUUUGAUCAAAAAUGAAAGAGAAUGUGAAGAGUAUGUAUUUGAAAGAACUCAUAAUCUUACUUCGAAAACACACACGCAAAAGAGAUCUGUGUGUCAUCUUAUGAACACCUAUAAUUCUAGCAAGAUGAAUCUGUAUGAGGAUAAGAUUGAACUCGAGUAUAGAUAUGUCUUUCCAGGCUGCUAUGCACUUCAGUUUUACACCGGUGAACAUUCUUAUAUAAUAGGCAAGAAGUAUGUGAACACUACUUAUCAACGUGUUGAAGUUAAAGAACCACAAAUCAUAUGUAGACUAGAUGAAUAUUCUAACAUUAAGCAAAGACAAAAAUUUAUAUUAGAUAUUACGCUACCAUCAGAUACAGGAGACAGUCUUCUCAUAUCAUUGUUCUUACCACGAAAUCAAGAUAUUAGAUUAGGUUGUAGCUGGUCAAAAGAACCGCUAAUACGUGAUUGGACAAUCGAUCUGGGAGUUAAUAUUUCGAGAAAAGCACUAACAGAUGAAAAUUGCGAUGUAAAAUUGAUACAAAGGGCAUAUGGAAGAUAUGAGAAGUUUGUACGAUGUUACUUUCAACUGGAGGAACUGCCAACUGCAAAUUAUUGUUUGUUGUAUUCACUGUAUGAUGAUCGAUGUGACACGGGUACUAUAUGGAAACCCCCUCACUAUAUCGAUACGGACGAUAUUGAAAAUAAAACGGUCACAUGUUCGUGGGUAAGGGGCUGCGUGAAAAGUUUCGAAAAUACACCAUCCGUCGUAAACGUUCAGUCAAGAAUGAUGAGCUCAGACAAAUUGCUGAGCACAAGUUCGUAUCUAUUAUUGCCAAUUAUUGCCAUUGUAUUAAUCGUGUCGGCAAUAAUUGGAAUAUUAUGUUUCUGGCAUUAUUUGCGCAUUCGAAAGGAGGAAGUCAGCUUGUACGUAAACUCGCAGCAUGAUGAUUCCGAUUGUCUCAAAUCGAUCGAUUUUGGUAUUAGUGACAGUGAGAAGGGAAUCAGUCACGAUAAUCUUUCGUGCGACGAUGUCAUUCUUCUUUACACUAAUAAUUCAACAUCUUUUAUGGCCCUGAUGAAAGAUUUUCGUCAAACACUUGCUGAGAUGUGCUCUUGCUCUGUACAUGACUGGCAUGAUGGAGCUGUAUGGAACGAAGUGGCCAAAGUUGGAGCUGUUUCGUGGUUUACCGAAUUACUUAAUAAUGGAUGCCGCGUCGUAUGGAUAGAUACUCCAGCUACAAGAUCCAUCAUUAUGUCGAGAAACAAUGAAUCAAACUUGGAUAAGUUCGGUAUAUAUUACAAGAUACAUGAUUUCCGCGAUAUGGCAUUUCGUGUUGUGCUUGAAGUGGCGAAAAGCAAAGUAAAUGACGUCACGCGACAAUAUCGCAAAAAUUUCAUCGUAAGAUUUGAAGAAAUCGAAGAAUUAAAAAUAGAAAGCAUGGUAAAUGUGAAUGAUCCAUUUUUGGAUCUCUCUCCUCACGCACGAUAUUACAUGCCGCGGCAUCUCGUGCAAUUAUGUUCGGACUUGUCAGUGGUGAAAACAAAAAUUUAAUAAAUAUAAGACGGUGGUAGAAGAAGAUCUUUACUGUAAUUUCUUAGAUCAACUUUAUAAGUCUCAGGCGCAGUAGCGUUCGAAAUUUAUGAAGGUAAAGUCAUUAAUAUAUGAAAUAACUGUGAGUUAUUUUAAAUUCUCAGCAUUAUACCAAUCCACGACUAUUCAGCACAACGAGACCUCGUAGCGUUUUUUAAUGCAAAAUGUGAUUUCAAAAGCACAAAUUUUUUAUAUCAAAGACACUACCUCAAAUAGUAUGUAAAUAUUGUGUAAGGCUACAUAUAGCUAUCUAUAGGUGUCUUCCGUCACGACAGGAUUAAUAUUUGCAACAAAUAUAAAUCACGAGAUGAUUUAUAUUUGCUGUUUAUUCUUUUUUGAGCGAUACUGACGCGAAGACGAUCGUUGUCCGAUACUCUCAAGAUUAUUUAUAAAUUCUUUAUUGAAUUUGCACAAUUGUGCACUGUUCAAGUUUUAAAUAAACUUUAUACAUUUA